AUGCGUCUCUCUAAGACGCUGAUCCCCCGUCCUGCGUAUAUCCCCAUCUUCAUUGACGGGCGAACAUUUCCCAGGAUGGUUCAGCACUUGUUCCAAUCCCUUGCCGUUGCGGCUUUAGCAAUCACUCGUGUCACGGCCUGCGAUGAGUGUUACGGGCCGACCGACUUCAUCAUCCACGAGCGUGUUGUUCGUCGCAUGCAACCGGAUGCGCAGGGUGCUACAUAUGGCCCGACGCAAGAGCUCGAAUGGGGCCAGAUCAACUUCUUGCAGACGACCGACACGCAUGGCUGGCUUGAAGGCCACAUCAAGGAGCAGAACUAUGGCGCGGAUUGGGGAGACUUUGUGUCUUUCACGAGGCAUAUGAAGGCCAAAGCUACACAGCUGAACGUUGACCUGCUGCUGAUUGAUACUGGCGAUCUUCAUGAUGGCAAUGGCAUGGCCGAUGCCACCAGUCCCAAUGGAGCGGCCAGCAACCCAAUCUUUGAGAAUAUCCCUUAUGACGUCCUUACGAUUGGCAACCAUGAGCUUUACGUCUCCGACAUUGCCUAUGAAACGUUCGCAGACUUCUCCACGUUCUACGGCGACCGCUAUGUCACCUCAAACGUCCAGAUAUUUAACCAAAAGACCAACAAGUAUGAGUAUGCCGGAUCAAAGUACAGAUACUUCACCACCGACCAUGGAAUUCGCAUCGUGGCAUUCGGAGUCCUGUUUGAUUUCACGGGUAACUCCAAUGCCAGCAUCGUCACUCCUGCUGUAAAAAUGGUUAAAGAGCAGUGGUUCCUCGACGCCCUGGAUAUUGACCGCCCAAUUGAUAUGUUCCUCGUCAUCGGACAUAAUGCAAUCCAAGGUUCUACGAGCACCACUGGCACGGUCCUAACCGCAAUUCGCGCUGUGCACCCGGACAAGCUUAUUCAGGUUUUCGGAGGCCAUACCCACAUUCGCGAUGCUGUCAUUUAUGACCAUGCCGCUGUUGGCAUUGAGAGCGGGAGGUACUGUGAGACUGUCGGAUGGAUGGCGAUUUCUGGAAUUGAGUCGAAGAACUACUAUGGCGCCAGUCUUCCCGCAGGAGUGUCGCAUCCGACGAAAUCCGCAUAUGAUAAACCUACAUCGACUUCAACCGCAACAAGCUCAAAAACCUCCACAGCUGCUACCAAGCAAGAGAAUAAAGUCACGCCAGUUCACCCCGAGCACCCCAAGCACCCCGAUCAUCCUGGUAAACCCAGUGGUUAUCGCUUUGCUCGUCGCUACCUUGAUUGGAACCGUCUCACCUUUGCCUUCCACGCUGAGAACUCCCAGGACAAGUCUUUUGAUCUCCGUCAAGGUGUCGAUAUAACCAAUCACAUCACGGACACUCGCAAAAAGUUGAACAUGACGUCUUUAUAUGGAUGUGCUCCCCAGACGUGGUGCAUGUCCUGCCUACCUUUCGGCUCUCCAGGGAACAUAUAUACUCUCCUUAGCAAGGCUCUUGCGGCUGUUAUAAUCAACCCUGACAGAUCGACAAUCCCUAGGAUUGUUAUAGCGAAUACGGGCAGCGUUCGCUUUGACUUGGUCCAGGGGCCAUUUACGUACGACGAUUCGUUUAUCGUGUCGCCAUUUACGAAUACCUUCAAAUACAUCCCUGACAUGCCUUGGUCCGUCGCCUCGCGGCUUCUGAAUGCCUUAAACGGCGGCGCAUACCAGAGACGAAGUGAGAAACUGGAGGCGGAUAUGGACCUCGGAUUUCAAUUCCCAACUCGGGACAACACAGAGGCGUGUCUUGAUCCAGGCACGGUCUCGCCAGGAUUGUCGAAACGCUCUACGAGGGAAAUAGUGCGCAGGCAGAGCAGCACUUUGACGCCGGGAUACAACACCACCGAUGAUUUCGGCAACGACGGUGACGAUACCAAGCACAGCGCGAUCCCGUACUUCCCCCAGCCAUACGACUUCCAAGCCAACGCCUCUUUCCCCGCCGAUGGGUCCGCGCCUGCAACAGUCGACGUAGUCUUCCUCGACUUCAUCGGCAGUUACGUUAUCCCGGCCCUGCACAAGAUUCCGGGCGGAGAGAAAUACACCAGUGCAGACUUCAAGAACUAUCUACCCCCGACGUUCCUUUCCAACCAGUACCUCCCGGAGUACGCGAAGAUGGCUCCCGACUGGCAGAAGGAUAUGCCGAAUUGCCCAGUUGGAAAGGGCGUUGGUUUUGCGAAGCAUUGA